CAGGCGUGAUUCUAUGUUGUUUCUGGAGCAGUUGGAGUGGCUCUGGGACACGGAUGGCCGGCGGCGAACCAUGGAGGCUCAGGAGGCAGUUUCGAUCUGGGUUCGGGUGGAGCUGGGUUCGAUCUGGGUUUGGGGAUGGACGGGGGUCUGCAGGUGUGAUUCUGUGUUGUUUCUGGGGCAGUUGGAGUGGCUCUGGGACACGGAUGGCCGGCGGCGAACCGUGGAAGCUCUACGGCAACUGGGGGCUGGGGGACGGUCGCUGCGAUCCCGAUCUGGUCGGUUCUGGAUCGGGUUUUGGGCACCGAUCGGGUUGAAGAAGGGCCUGCACAGUGUCGUGGUAAUACGGCGGUGCAGGGUUGCUGCGCGGCGGCGUCGGUCUACUCGGGGGCGGUCUGGUACCGGCGGUUGCAGAUCGAUGCUUGCUUGGUGGGCUUCCGCUUUGGGCCUCUGGGAGAGAUGGUGGAUGGGCCGGGCUUCGGCUGUUUGGCUUUGCUGCUGUUUUUUAUUUUAUGUUUGUUUUAUCUCUGUUUGUUGCUUUGUUUGUUUAGUUGUUUGCUGUUUGUGGGUUGCUUUGCGCAUGCUGCGCGAAAUAAGUCCCUGCAUUCGUUGUGUAGGGAUCGUUGGGCUUUUUGCCCGUGGGUGCACUCUUUGUGCCUUGUCUGCUCUAGGGUGGCGGCGAGUUCCUUGCUUUGUCAAAUGGUCGCUGCCUCCUAGUGGCAGGGUGAGACUUCUUGCCACUGGAUGGAGAUUCAAGUGGCAACAUGAUAGGAAAGUUGGUAGUAUGGAAAUUACGCUUUGCUGCAUUAAAGUUGCAGAUCGAGUAAUCUUUCCGUUGUGUCACCGCUGGGAAGCAAAUAGAACCGUCUGUCGUGCGUUCUUUGCUAGCUGGUGUGGAUUGGAGUACAAGUUUUUAGUUGAGUCGUCUCAUGAAUUUUUUUCUGGAUGUACUCUAGUUGCAUAUUGUAAUCUGGGGUUUAGGCACAAUGUCCCCCCCUUGUAUUCUCCGGUUUCAUUAAUGAAGGCUUGAGGGCAGCCGCAC